UUCCGUCUGAAUGUAAGGUUGUAAAGUCAAAUGUCGAUUUAGAUUCAAUAGGAUCAUUAUUAUUUAGAUUUUAUACGUUUUGAAAAAUGGUCUUUGAAAGAAUGUAGGCUCCAAAUUAUGCGCCUAAAUAGUUAGUUUGAAAGGAGGAUGUAUAUACAUCAAUUCCAAGGCCACUAUCGGGCCUGUGUUAGCUCCUUAACUAGUGCCUCAGAUGGGAAUCAAACUCACCAGCUAAGGUCUUCUAGACUUGAACACUAACCUACCGGAGGUCACGCCUUAAUAGUUAAAAUGUAAAUAAAAAUCCAUAUCUCAAUAGCAUCAUUUUCAUGAUGAAAGGAAUAAAGUCAUUUAGUGUAAACAGUUGCUCCUGGGAUGACAGUGAUCAUCGCAACUUUUACAUCAUACAGUAGGAUGCUUACCAAAAAGGAUUUAAGAAAACUAUUCCAUAAUACAAUUGGUAACGAUUUUGUUUAAUGCGGUGGCAACUUCUAAAACGUAAUAUUUAAAAUUUUAUUUCGAAAAAAAGCGUACUUUCAAAUUUAAAUAUUUUUUUUUUUCACAAACAUGACGAGUAAUUCUAAAAACAAAACCACAGACUCAACAACAAAACAAAGCCUAUCGGAAGAGUCUGCCACUAUUAACCUAACCUCCAAUGUAAAUCUUCAUAUCCUGGCCAAUAAAAAUGACUUUUAUAAAAUACUCAAAGAAACCAAUAAUCGUUUGCUAGUCAUUGAAUUCUUUGCCCACUGGUGUGGACCUUGUAAGAUAUUGGCCUCUAAAUUAGAGCAGUUAGCAGAGGCUUAUAAAGGCAAAAUAUUAAUAGUUAAAGUAGAUGUAGAUGAAUUUGAAGAUUUGGCAGUGGAAUAUGAUGUUUCCGCCAUGCCCACCUUUAUGUUAAUGAAAAAUCAACAGAAAUUGGAACAAUUCUCAAGUAGUAACGCACAGACUUUAGAUCAAAAUUUGGAAAAGUAUGCUGGAAAGCCAGAGUUAAGUGGAGAUAGUAAGGGAAACAAAAGUAAGGAGACUUUGAAAGGCAAGGAUAAACAAGGAAGGGGUAGUAAAAGGGAGUAAAUGUUUAUAGUUCUUGUUUACAGAUUUUAUCAAUGAAAUUGUUGUAGACUUUAAAUCGAAAAUUAAAUAAACUUUCCGAAUAAAAAACUGUUUUAUUU